AUGCCCAAAACACCUCCUGUCCAAGCAAGCAAGAACACUGAACUGCAGAAACAAUCUGCACCCAACUUAACAAUAACAAAUGAGCACGCAAGUACGAAGGAAGUGGCUAAAACAGAGCGCCCUAUCAAUGAUGUGAAACACAUUACCACUUGGAUCUGCAAAAAUUUGGCCUGUAAAGCUGUUAGACCAUCAGAAGAUUCCUUCUGCAAGAGGUGCUCGUGUUGUGUUUGCCACAAGUUCGAUGACAAUAAGGAUCCUAGUCAAUGGUUAGUUUGCUCAUCUGACAAUGAUAGCAAGAAUUGUUGUGGUUCUUCUUGCCAUAUUGAAUGUGCUUUCCAAGACAAGAGGGUAGGAUGCUUUGAUCUGGAGCAAAUUAUACAUCUUGAUGGGAGUUAUUCUUGUGCCUCGUGUGGAAAGAUUUCUGGAAUACUAGGAUAUUGGAAAAGGCAAUUAGUAAUUGGAAAAGAUGCUCGCCGAGUUGAUAAUCUCUGCCAACGCAUUUAUUUGAGCUACAGGCUAUUAGAGGGAACUAUCCAUUUUAAAGAACUGCAUGAGAUUAUCAAAGAUGCAAAAGCAAAAUUGGAAAGUGAGGUUGGCCCACUUGAUGGAAUGUCGGCAAAGAAUGCACAUGGUAUCGUAAGCAGGUUCUCAUCUGGUAUUGCUGUGCAGAAACUAUGCUCUACAGCAAUUCAAAAAGCUGAUGAGUGGUUGAGUUCUCCUGACCUGCAUCUUCGAGAUUCAUUACCUGUUGCCUGUAAAUUUAAAUUUGUAGACAUAAAAUCUUCUUCGCUCAUUGUCAUCUUGAAAGAAACCUCGUCUUCUGACACUAUCAAAGGUUAUAAGCUAUGGUACUGGAAGAGCAGAGAGCAACCAAGUAGGGAAAAGCCUGUUAUUGUGUCCAAAGAUGAAAGAAAAAUACUACUUUUUGACCUUACCCCAUGCACAGAAUAUUCUUUCAGAGUUAUAUCAUUCACAGAUGAUGGGGUACUUGGGCAUUCAGAAUCUAGAUGUCGUACUGAGAGCAGGGAGAUAUUUGCCAUGCGUGCACCACAGAAUGCAGUGGGAAGGGAUACACAGGCACAAAAAAGAGACAGGAAUCAGUCUUGUAAGUCAACUGGGUUCAAGAUCCGAGAUAUUUGGAAGAACUUUCAGGAAGCUUUGGAUGCAGAAGGCUGUUUUGAAGGGUUUUCUGAAGAUGUGCAUGAAGGUUCCUGCAGCAGAAGUGUUACAGAGACUGAAUUAUCUGGAGCUUGUCGCAAGCUUCAUUUCAACUCAUCAUCUUCUGUCCCCGACCUAAAUGCUGAGGUUCCUGUGCCCAUGGACUACACCACUGAGAAGCAUUAUUAUUCUAAGAAGGGACUUGUCAGAUCAAAUGACAGUGGUGACUCUGAGACCUGCGCAGUUGGCCACACUGCAGAGCCGCCUGCUGUUGAAUCUCGGCCAGUAGGCAAGGUGAAUACCGUACAAGUUAAUAAAUGUGAGCAGAAUGGUGCUUCUGCUAUUUGCCAUGAAAAAAUGCUCUCUGGAUCAACGAGGCAACUGGAUGGGGAUUAUGAGCACUGUGUAAAGGUAAUAAGGCAGUUGGAAUGCGAUGGACACAUUGAAAACGGUUUCAGGAUGAAGUUCUUGACCUGGUAUAGUCUAAGAUCGACAGACCAGGAGCGCAAGGCUGUGACCACAUAUGUCAAAACAUUAAGCGACGAACCCAGCAGCCUGGCUGAGCAGCUCGUCGAUUCUUUUGGAGAAAUCUUAAACAGCAAGAAGGCAAAAACCGGUUUCUGCAACAAACUAUGGCAUUAG